AACGAGACAGGUAAGAACACAGGUGUCGGCACCUUCGCGCUCUUGCACCUUCAAACGAGUUGUCAGUCGUUCUUCGUAACGGGUUGUCAGGUGGUGCGUUGAGAAUUGCGGAAGACGAGAUGUGCCCUGGAGUUUCGUGAAAAGCAAUAUUUUCCGCGGAUCUACAAUUUUCGGUUAGGCGUGCAGAUAAAAAAAAUAUGGUGUAAAAUUGUGCCAUCAACAACUAGUGGAUUAUCUUCGUUCGCCCUUGCCCAUUGGAAUUCCCGUCAUCGCGUCUUGAUCCUUGUCUUUGAAGGACCGACACAAUGGGAGUAUUCGAUAGUUGUCCGAUCGUAUCCACCUCUUCUCUGGCCAUUUUCGCCUUACUGGCCAUCACUUCACACUUCUCAACAGAGGCUGCCAAUCUUCCACCAGUAACUGCAUCGCCCGAAGUCCCAACGGACGUCAGCGUGACCUGCAACAGCGACCAGAUCGAGGUGAAGAUCAACACAAGAUCGGGGAGGUUCAACGGCAUGAUCUAUCCCAGAGGGCUGUCGAAGAACAGCACCUGCAUGGGGGAAUGGGUGCAGAAACCCGCCCCCAUACGCUACAACCUCCCCCUCAGGGGAUGCAACACCAUGAGCACAGAACUGGACGACGGUGGCAUUGAAUACUUCAAUACCAUAGUUGUUCAACCACACCUCAAGCUUGUGACCAACCAAGGCCGUGGAUUUCACAUACGUUGUAGAUACAACACCCGAAACAAUACAGUGAUGAAUGACUCUCUCAAAGUCGAUUUGAUGGCAGCCGAUCCGCUGGUGGCGAAUGCUGCCAUGCCUGGUUGCAGCAUGCGUAUCUACUCGGACCCGAAGAGGAAAGAGGUGGCCGAGAACGUGAAGAUCGGCGACCCGCUCACCCUCGACAUCACCCUGGACCGACAGGACCUGUACGGGCUGUGGGUGACCGACUGUCUCGUCAGGGACGGACUGGGCUGGGGCGAGCAGAAGCUAAUUGACCGCGAGGGUUGUCCACUCGACCCGGAGAUCAUGGGGCUGUUCGAGUACAGCGAGAAUAACACUAAGGCCACAGUCAAGUUCCAGGCCCACAAGUUCCCCUACACCCCCUCUGUCUACUACCAGUGCAACGUCAAGCUCUGCCUGAAGGCCGAUGGCGCCUGCGACAUCGCCCCUCCAAACUGCAGUCCCAAAUCUGAGGGGAACCGGGUUCGAAGGCAGGCCCACGACGAAGGUAUCCCUGCCACGAUAGAAGUGUACAGCGGGCUUUACGUGAACGAAGCCAACGACCUCGCCAAAGCGGAGGAAGACAGCGUCUACAGCGAGAAGACCUCCGACGACACAAUAUGUAUCUCUCAGAGAACUUUUGCUAUUGGAAUAUGCGUUGCUGGAUUGAUUUUGAUGGUCUGUGUUGUGUUCGCAACCAUGUGCCUGAUGGCAAGAAGAAGACCGAAGACAACCUCACAUCUUGGAAGCUCAAUUUACAGCGGACCUUACACAAACACAGCCUACAGUCACACUUCUUAGAGAGUGGUCUUGAAAGUAAUCGCGACUCUUGAACUGAGACUCAAAUGUUACGUUUCAGUCUUAAAACUGCCAUUUCCUCGAGUAUUAGUCAGUAAAAUAUCGAAACACCGAUAAAGGUGAAAAUAUUCAUACGAAUUUUAACCUCAAGCAUUGCCAUCUUAUUUUUCCGUAAACUUGAUUGUUAUUGUUUGUCUGAAGAAAUUUUGUGAUUAUUAAGUAACAAUAUUAAGGGGUAGGUGAAGGAACUCUUAGAAUUAUCACUUUCUGUUAGGUAACUUCUUCAUUUUUAUUAUUUCAAACUGUCAUCUUUUCUUUCCUGAAAUUAAUAUGUGUAAUAUUUUAACUCAUGGCUUUUCACGAAAAUAACUCUCAGCACAAGACCUGAACAGGUCCUGUGUUUUUGGUCUUGAAUCACAACAGCAUUUUCUUUCGGUGUAAAUAGUAAAAAUGCCGUUCUGGUUCUUGAUCUGGAGAAAAUACGAAUACAAAUGAGAAUAUUGCUAUGAUCAGAAAGAAUAAAAUUCUUUUUUCAAA